CAUGUGAUGACAGCGGGACGUGCGUCCAACUGACGACGGCAAGUUUUGGGGUGAAGAGACCCAAGGAGUGUAACUUGUUCGUGAAUUAUGUUAUUAUGACUGACAUCUUGUGCCGUCAUUACAUUUAAUUGACUGCUUAUUGGUUUUGUUAACCUUACCUUCCGGAGAAAUGUUGGCAUAACGUAUCGGAAGAGAUGUAAGAUUCAUACAGCAGCCGGUUAAAAAGAACAGACAACAGUGGCUCAUGGCUCAUCCACUAAGAACUCAGUCAGCUGAUGUGAGCAAAAAUGCUCAUCCGGCAACUCGGCGCCUGGGAUCUCAAUCUCUGGUUCAUUUGGGCCUGUCUUUAGGAUCUGAAGGGUUUCAAUUUGACGACAGUGGGAUGCUUCUUCCACACAGCAUCCUGGGUAGCUUGGAUGGCUUUAGAAAGUACCUGGAGACUAGAGGAGAGACAGAGUUGGUUAGGCAAAUACCCAAUUUCAGACGAGACUGUCCAUCCCAGGUCCUCGGGAAGCAUCUUCAUGAAGGAGUACAGAAUCAGCGAGAUGCUCCUUUUGGCCAAAGAAACAUACAAGCAAAUGCCCUGCAGCAUUGGGAUGAAUAUAUAAAGCAACGCAGACGACAGCAGAACAUCUUAUCUGAACGACUCCACAGACCAGUCGAGAACUUACUGAUGAACCAAGAUUACAGUUUUAAAGAACUACAGCAGCAGAGAGAACUUCUACGUCGAGUCUUGCCUCUCAUCCAGUCAGGAUAUGGGCACCGUGUGGGAAGUGAAUUUUGGAGUCUCCCCCAGCACUAUGGAAAUGAAUUAAGUGGUAUCAGAGCCACUCUGACACAGACGGAACAAGGCAAACGGAAACCUGUCACAAUUAUCGGACAACCACACAGCAUACUCCAGGAAUCUGGAAUCACUUGUGCUGAGAUGCUGCGUCCAGCGUCUCAGAUUUUGGACCCAAAUAUGGGCAUGCAGCAACGUGCCCUUCAAGAUGUCCAGCAGGGCUUGGAAAUCAACAAGAAGGAUCUCAACAAACUGGUGGUGAUUGGCUCGAGCAAACCUGUUGUUAAAGAGUGCCACAGUAAUUUGUUGGAAGACGGAGAGAGUAUGAACAAGCAGUGUUCGGAGAUAAAAAAGGAAAAUGCCGAUCUACUGGCAAAUAAUAAUGGUGGUGAGUCUAAUACUCUCCUCAUACCUACGCUGAGGUUUGCUGGUCAGCUUGCUAGCUGGACUGGAAACUCUUCUUGUCAGCAGGGAAAGGUAGGAAUUAUCACUACAGUAAUAUUUGAGGCUCUUGUCGGAGAGCGGGUCUCGUCUCAGCUGGAGAUAAGCAAUGUGGGCAGCACAGCUCUCCUCUUCAGCUGGCAGCAUCUUCCCCUGCCACAGCACUUCUCAAACCUUCAGUCACAAUCAAGCAGCCCACACUUCUACUUCAACACCUCCUCUGGGGUCAUCUAUCCAGGUGAGACACAGCAAGUGGAGUUUAUAUUUAAGUCAGCAAGGCCAGGCAUCCUAACUGAGCGGUGGCAGCUCAACACCCACCCUUUGUUGCUGCAAGGAGCCUCCAUUCAGGUCACACUGAAGGGGGUGUCCCACUUGCAGGACAAAACUGCAAGACAGAGGCAAUUCAUAGAGACGAAGCUGGAAGAGACAGCAAGGCUGGAAAUAUGCCGAAAGAUUGUGUACGAGGUGCUGCGAGGAAUUCAGACUCCAGAGAGAUGCAACUCUCCUGCAGAGCCAUACACGUUGCACUACCUUGAUCAGUCAGAGGAGGACCUAAAUAAGCUUCUACAAGAAAUGAAUCCAGAACACAUCUGGGACCUUUCUGACACAUCUAGACAGGAUCCUCUGGAUGAUGAAAUGGACAGUCGGCGUACUUCAAUGGAUAAGUUCAAUGAUGAUGAGCAAGAUGCAAACUGUGAUGACACACCAGACAAUACAGAUGAAUGACUAUAUUCUCACUAGACACAAAAUUAUGUAUAUCAUAAAACUGUAAAAAGAAAGAAAAAAAGAGAUAUUUGAUAAGACAUAAGUACAGUGGAUAUAAAAGGUCUCCACACCCCUGUUCAAAUGUCAUGUUUUUGUGAUGUAAAAAUAUAAAGUCAGAAUAAACUUUUUUCAACAUAGUGACAUAUGACCUGGACAACUCAAUUGAAACAAAAAAAGAUUGUUUUAAGGGGAAGUAAAAAUAAAGAACUGAGAUAAUCUGGUUGCACAAGUAUGUACACCCACACACCCGGGGACGUGGCUGUGUUCAGAAUAACACCAUUCAAAAUCAUGUUAAGUGGGAGUCAGCACACACAUACCACCAUUUAAAAUUCCUCUGAUUAAACUAAAGUGUAGCUGUUCUAGUAGGCUUUGAGUGACUUUCUUUUUCUUUCUUUUUUUUUUGCUUUUUAGCAUAAGCCAUUUUUGUGCCAACUGUGACUGCUAUUUGGAACUGUUCAUAACUGCCUCACCCUUGACUAAGGUCCCAGUUCCAGCUGAAGAAGAACUGUGUGAACGCAUGAUGAUGACACCACAUGCUUCAUUGUCGGUGUGGUUUUCUUUUGGUGAUAAGCAGUAUAGGAUUUUCAAACUCCACACAGGCGGGGCCGGGAUUUGAACCCUGGUCCUCAGAGCUGUGAGGCAGACGCUCUAACCACUCGUCCACCGUGCCACCUAUGUUAUAUUUAAUACUUGGAAAAUUCUUCUCCUGAUACCUUUAAAUGAUGCGAUCCGUUUGAUGCCGUGUAAUCUUUCUGUGGACCAUGGCCUGUGCUGUAAGAUGUAAUGACAAAAAUGUCAGGGAAAGCCUACUAGAACAUCUGAACAUUAUUUGGGCUUAAUCAAACAAUUUAAAGGUGGCAGCUGUGUGCUGACUCCCAUUUCUAAUAGUUUGAACAUGAUUUGUUAAUUCAGAACACAGCCAAAGUUGUAAGAGGGUGUGCACACUUGUGCAACCACAUCACAGGUAUUAUAGGUCUCAAGGAGGGAUUUUUUUUCAUGAUUUAUCUGGCUCUUAUUUUCUUACAUCACAAAAACUGGCAUUUAUACAGGGGUGUGUAAACGUUUUUAUAUUAAUUGUAUAUUUUAACAACAACAUUAUUUGUAAAGCAACAAAAGCCUGAAUGAAAAAACUGAAUGUGCACAUCUAUUCAAUCUAAAUCACUAUUGGUUGCAAAAAAAAAAUGGUAAUGUCUUAUUAAGCAUACACUGUGAUUUUCAUCACUAUACUGAAUUGCAUCGUAUCUAGGUUAUAUGUUGUGAGAUAUAAACGUCUUUGGAACAAUCAUCCAUAUUACAGAAGUGCAAUUUUUCGUUCAAUUGUAAAGGUCUACCAUAUUCUGCAUGAUCACGUGCCACUUCAGCGAAUCGUAAUCGCGUUGUGCACGAAUAAAACUUUCAGUUCUUCCUG